GACACCAUUACUUAUGCGGUGUAGAAAGGCUGCAGUAGUCUCAGCUACUCUCUCCCCGUGUUACCUCCUUACGCCGCUGUCAUUAUCGCAGCCUCAACCCGCCAAAGACGACGUAAAAACGGACUCUCUUCUACAUUGCAUCCGUUCUUCAGCCACGACCCGUCCAGAAAAUAACAAUUAAGAGACUUGUUUGGUUUAAGUGUGUAAUGAAGGCUUCUGCGGCAAAAGAUACUCACCUCUAGCAGACAUGCCCGGGUCAUUAUAUGAAAGCUCCAAUCUGGAUCGAGGCGGCAACAACAGGAAGAAGAAGAUAGAGGAAUUCUCUAGGUCUUCUCGGGAGAAACUUGUCCAGUCGAAGAACAAAAUGUUCUCCAAAUUCACGUCCAUUCUUCAACAUGCCGUGGAAGCGCUUGCCCCAUCGCUGCCCUUACAGGAAGACUUUGUCUAUCACUGGAAGGCCAUUACACAUUAUUACAUUGAGACCUCUGAUGACAAAGCUCCGGUCACAGACACAAACAUUCCAUCCCACCUGGAACAGAUGCUGGACAUCCUGACCCAGGAGGAAAGGGAAAGGGAGUCUGGAGAGACCGGACCCUGCAUGGAAUAUCUCCUACACCACAAGAUCCUGGAGACUCUCUACACCUUGGGCAAGGCAGAUUGUCCUCCAGGGAUGAAGCAGCAGGUUCUCACCUUCUACACAAAGCUCCUAGCACAUAUUCGUCAACCUCUCCUUCCACACAUCAAUGUCCACAGACCUGUACAGAAACUGAUACGUCUGUGUGGGGAGGUGCUCACUGCUCCUACCGAAAAGGAAGAGAUUCAGUUCCUCUGUAUAGUCUGUGCCAAACUGAAGCAGGACCCAUAUCUCGUUGACUUUUUCCUUGAGAAUAAGUCAAAGAGACCUGAGACAAAGAGUCGCGGCGGGACAGAGGUGGUGGAGGAGAAUGUGUUGGCUCCAGACACGGGACAGUCUCUGGCAGAGGAGACGGCUGACCACCCAGAGGAGCUUCAGGCUGCUGCUGCCUCCUCCUCUAGUGCAAACUGCAGCAGCAGCAGCAGCAGCAGCAACAACAACAACUACAAUCUUGUCACCUCGCUGCUCAACCUCACAAAAAGCCCUGAUGGCAGGAUAGUGGUGAAGGCAUGUGAGGGCCUGAUGCUGCUGGUCAGUUUACCAGAGCCUGCGGCUGCCAAGUGUUUAACAGAAAACACUGAUCUCUGUGAGCUGCUGACCGACAGGCUGGUCACCUUUUACAAAGCCCUCCCGCAGUCCAUGGAUCCCUUGGACAUUGAGACAGUGGAGUCAGUCAAUUGGGGUCUGGAUGUAUAUAACCUGAAGGAGGAUGCUGCUGUCUUUACAGGGAAGAGAGCUCUAAUCUCCUUCCUGUCCUGGCUGGAUUACUGUGACCAGCUCAUCAAAGAAGCUCAGAAGUCAGCCGCUGCAGUGAUGGCAAAAGCAGUGCGAGAGCGAUUCUUUGUGUCUGUGAUGGAGCCUCAGCUCAUGCAGACGUCCGAGGUGGGCAUCCUGACCUCCACAGCCCUGCUGAACCGGAUCAUCAGGCAGGUGACCUCAGAGGCUCUGCUGCAGGAGAUGAUUUACUUCCUGCUCGGGGAGGAGAGGGAGCCGGAGACUCCAGAGUUGGUGACUCAGAAUCCACUUCGACACCGACUGAUUGAGCACUGCGACCACCUGUCAGACGAGAUCAGCAUCAUGACCCUGCGGCUAUUCGAGCAGUUGAUUCAGAAGCCCAGCCAGCACAUCCUCCACAGCUUGCUGCUGCGCAGCCUCGAGGAGAGGAACUACCUGGAGAACAAGCCGCAGGAUGAGCGGGAGCCCCUGGAGAACGGGCAGCCCCACGAUGCUGUAGACCUCGAGGAGGAUCCACUGUUUGGUGACGACAGCGCUCCAGAGAGCAGGUUGUCCGGUUCUGAUUGGCUCAGCUCCUCCCCACAACAGAGCCCGGACCACUUAAAGUCCGACGGGAAGACCGAGGUGCACAAGAUCGUCAACAGUUUCCUGUGUUUGGUGCCUGAUGAGGCCAAGUCAUCGUAUCAUGUGGAGGGCACAGGCUACGACACCUACCUCAGGGAUGCACACAGACAGUUCAGGGACUACUGUGGGGUGUGCCAGCGGUGGGACUGGAGGAGCAAUCCAAAGCCUUUUGAGAAGUGCAACCUGGACAGCCCGUUCUUCGAGGGCCACUUCCUCAAGGUGCUCUUUGACAGGAUGGGUCGCAUCCUCGAUCAGCCCUAUGAGGUCAACCUGCAGGUGACUGCUGUGCUGUCCAAGCUGUCAUUGUUCCCCCACCCCCACUUGCACGAGUACCAGCUGGACCCUUAUAUCAAUCUGGCCCCUGGCUGCAGGUCUCUGUUCUCUGUCAUCGUCAGGGUGGUGGGAGAUCUCAUGUUGAGGAUCCAGCGCAUCCCCGACUUUACCCCCAAACUGCUGCUUGUGAGGAAGCGAUUACUCGGCCUGGAGCCUGAGGGCAUCAACAUCGACCACAUGACUCUUCUAGAGGGGGUGAUCGUGCUCGAGGAGUUCUGCAAAGAGCUCGCAGCCAUUGCCUUUGUUAAAUACCACGCAGCGGCCGCCUCCUCACCGUAACCUCCAUCGGGGCUCGCUGGGUGCCACAGAGUUGUCGAACGUUUACCACUAAAUGCUCAUCCCUGCAAGACUGGUAAAGCCCACACAAACAAGUUCAUCACCCCCCCCCCCCUCCUCCGCUGGGGCUCACCUUGGAUGUGGAGCACAGACACUGCCCGGCCAGCGAAGCACCAAGAGGAGAACACAGGACAAGCCGCAGAGAGACGCUCACUGGACCUUUGCCACCUCUGUGUUUUCUGUCUCUCCCUCUUUGUUUCUCUACCAGCAGAAAGAGAGCCGUGUAAUUAUUAUACCAAGAAGACAAAGAUGUUUGUGUAUUUAUUUUUCUCCCAUCGUAACCCAUUUGUAAACAUCAUUGCCUUAGUGUGGAGCAGCACCUUUCAGCUACAGAACACUGUUUCCUUUUGAAACAUUUUUAUCUGGAAUCCUCACAAGUUGUCUGUUUGGAGAGACCAGAGGGGGGAAAUCCCAAUACCUUCAGCCUACAUGUACUGGUAAAUGCAUACAUAUCAAACUGCAGUAUUUACGAUACUGCACUGCAUAUUUUAAAUGCUAAGUCCUCUUUAUUUAUUUGUUUGCUUUGAUGUUGCCUUUUUAACUGUCACAUUGAGGAUCAAAUCAAUGAUUUACUUCA